UUCUUCUGGCCCGGGAUCCUUUAGUUUACGCAGAAACACAUUAGGGAAAAAAAAAAAAUCUUGGUAAGCAUUAGAGGGAAAACUGCAGCAGCCCGACGCAGCGGGGCCUUCGAUAGCUCAGUUGGUAGAGCGGAGGACUGUAGUCAGUACAAUAUGGUAAUCCUUAGGUCGCUGGUUCGAUUCCGGCUCGAAGGACUUCGUGCACUACUUUUAGUUUACCUACACCCUAGGUCAAUUGCUCCGUGGGGGAAACGCUUACUUGAGGAUAGGCAGUGUAUUUUCCUGGCUACGUUGAAAACCCCUUGAGUACAUAUAGCAGUUAAGUAGUCGAAGUACAACGUACCUUGUUCGCAUAUUAGGUGUUAAAGCUAUAGUGACAUGUACUUCAAGAAAAGUCCUUAUUGCUUAUGUAUGUAUUACAUGGCUCUGUUUCAAAAUCUUGCUGAGGGCUCCAUCCUACUUUAUAUUGUGAACUACAUUAGAAAACUGAGUCUCAGGAAACCUUGUAAAGGUUACAGGAAGGUACAGCACUACAGCUGGGGGAUUAGCUCAAAUGGUAGAGCGCUCGCUUAGCAUGCGAGAGGUAGCGGGAUCGAUGCCCGCAUCCUCCACUUCCUUUUACACACCAUCAGGCUCAUGAUCUGUUGUGUCCACGUUUCGUUACACAGUAGAGCUAGGAGCACGGUAAACAAAGAUCGGCUUCACAUGCUAUUUUCUUAUUCACAGGUAAGUCUUUUCCUGUUUCCUGCUCACUGCUCUGUCUUUCCCGCCUCGGGGAGGCGGGCCGUUAACCGCCUACAGAGAAGACGCCUAGUGAGCCGCACACGGCGGUGGCCCGCGGAAGCCCCCAAACGGCCCCCUCACAGCUCUCAGGGCCUGUGUGGGGCAAGAGGAUGCUUUCCCAGCCCCACCAUGGAGCUGCGCUGUGGGGGAUUGCUGUUCAGUUCUCGCUUUGAUUCAGGGAACCUAGCCCAUGUGGAAAAGGUGGAGACUGUGUCUAGUGAUGGGGAAGGCGUAGGAGGGGUGGCAACAGCCCCCGCUAGUGGGUCUGCUGCUUCCCCUGACUACGAGUUCAACGUGUGGACCCGGCCUGACUGUGCUGAAACGGAAUAUGAAAAUGGCAACAGGUCAUGGUUCUACUUCAGUGUCCGGGGAGGGACUCCAGGAAAGCUUAUCAAGAUCAACAUUAUGAACAUGAACAAGCAAAGCAAACUGUAUUCCCAGGGCAUGGCCCCCUUUGUGCGCACACUGCCUUCCCGGCCACGCUGGGAACGCAUUAGAGAGCGGCCCACCUUUGAGAUGACAGAGACACAGUUUGUGCUAUCCUUUGUUCACCGUUUCGUAGAGGGCCGGGGAGCCACCACCUUCUUCGCCUUCUGCUACCCCUUCUCCUACAGUGACUGCCAGGAUCUGCUGAGCCAGCUAGACCAGCGCUUUUCAGAGAAUUACUCUACCCAUAGCAGUCCUCUGGAUAGUAUUUAUUACCACCGAGAGCUUCUCUGCUAUUCUCUGGAUGGACUUCGUGUAGAUCUACUAACAAUCACUUCCUGCCAUGGGCUUCGAGAUGAUCGGGAGCCCCGACUAGAGCAGCUAUUUCCUGAUCUCGGCACUCCCCGACCAUUCCGUUUCACAGGCAAAAGGAUAUUCUUCUUAAGCAGUAGGGUACACCCUGGAGAGACUCCAUCUAGCUUUGUGUUCAAUGGCUUUCUGGACUUCAUCCUUCGACCUGAUGAUCCCCGGGCACAAACUCUCCGUCGACUCUUUGUUUUUAAGUUGAUUCCCAUGUUAAACCCUGAUGGUGUGGUCCGGGGCCACUACCGCACGGACUCCCGUGGAGUGAAUCUGAACCGUCAGUACUUGAAGCCUGAUGCCGUCCUGCACCCGGCCAUCUAUGGCGCCAAAGCUGUGCUGCUUUAUCAUCACGUGCACUCGAGGCUCAACGCCAAGAGUCCCACGAACCAGCAACCCACUCUCCAUCUCCCUCCGGAAGCCCCUCUCUCUGACCUCGAGAAAGCCAAUAAUCUCCACAAUGAAGCUCACCUCGGGCAGUCACCUGAUGGGGAAAACCCUGCGACUUGGCCUGAGACAGAGCCAGCAGAAGAGAAGACUGACCCUGUGUGGCUUAUGCCACAGCCAAUUCCUGAACUCGAGGAGCCAGCCCCUGACACCAUCCCCCCAAAAGAGAGUGGUGUUGCUUACUAUGUAGACUUGCACGGACAUGCUUCCAAAAGGGGCUGCUUCAUGUAUGGCAACAGCUUUAGUGACGAGAGCACCCAGGUGGAAAACAUGCUAUAUCCAAAGCUCAUCUCCUUGAAUUCAGCCCACUUUGACUUCCAGGGCUGCAAUUUCUCAGAGAAGAACAUGUAUGCCCGAGACCGUAGAGAUGGCCAGUCCAAAGAGGGAAGCGGCCGUGUCGCAAUCUACAAAGCCUCAGGGAUAAUCCACAGCUACACACUUGAAUGCAACUACAACACUGGACGCUCAGUCAACAGCAUCCCUGCUGCCUGCCAUGACAACGGGCGCGCCAGCCCCCCUCCCCCUCCGGCUUUCCCCUCCAGAUACACUGUGGAACUAUUCGAGCAGGUGGGGCGAGCUAUGGCCAUCGCAGCUCUGGACAUGGCAGAGUGUAAUCCGUGGCCCCGAAUUGUGCUGUCGGAACACAGCAGCCUCACCAACCUGCGAGCCUGGAUGCUGAGGCACGUGCGCAACAGCAGAGGGCUGACCAGUGCUGGGAACAUGGGCGCGAGCAAGAAGCGAGGGGCUCGAACCCCUCCCAAAAGCAACAACAGCUUGCCUGUUUCCUGCUCUGAAAAUGCUCUGAGCCGGGUUCGCAGUUUUAGCACCGGCACGAGUACUGGUGGCAGCAGCAGCAGCCAACAAAACUCUCCACAGAUGAAGAACUCUCCCAGCUUCCCUUUUCAUGGCAGUCGGACUGCGGGGCUACCAGGCCUGGGCUCUAGCACCCAAAAGGUCAGCCAUCGGGUGCUGGGCCCUGUCAGAGGUAAGCCAGUCUGGGAGCCCCUGCAGCAGGUGUUUGGUUGCUUGGGGCAUUGCUGGGGAGAAAGAGCUUGAAGACAUACAAGGGGCGGAUCAAUAAAACUAGUCUGUAGCAGAAGACGCUGCAGCCUGUCCUGCGACUAUGGUGUUCCCGCGGCAUAACUUCAGAGCAGUACUGGAUAUGGCCAGUCAUAGAUAGAAGGCCCGGCGAUUGUAGCUUCAGCACAUACUAGGAACCAGGGAUAUUUCCAAGGACAGAACACUAGCUACAGCAGUGCCAAACACAGACAUGGAACUUCUAUCAAGGACAAUGUCACAGUGUCUUCUUGUUGGCAGGAGGAGGAAAUGUCUUUAGAAUUUAAAUGGUAGCACUGUAGAAUGCAGAGCACUAUCCACCGCCUCUGUGGGCUGAAGCUUCCUGGCUUCACAGCAGUAACCCCAAGGUCCCAGCUCUUCCAAAGCAAAGCAGAGCUGAAGCAGCUCACUGUGGGCUUAUAGACCACCGGCCUGCCCCUUCCCCGCAGUGCACGGGUGCUCAACCAAGCCCCGAUGCUCAGACAGAAGGCGGCGACAGCAGCCACUGAACCAUCGCUCUACCACAAGCAGCCUGGCCCCAUCCCCAACUCUGGCUAGUUCUGGCCCAACCUCCUCACGAAACAUGGGCUCCUGCCUCCUACCCAAUUCACUCAGCUUAUCAGGGAGCAGCUGCUCAUUCUCGUCUUCAGGGGACAAGCCAGAGGCUGUCAUGGUGAUUGGGAAAAGCCUACUAGGGGCUGGUGCUCGGAUCCCUUGCAUUAGGACUCGAUUGCAGGCUAGGCCCAGGUUGGGCCGGAGCUCACCGCCGACUCGCAGAGGGAUGAGAGGUUCAAGCCCCACAUCCCCCAUCCCCCAGACCAGAGAGAGCAGUGAGCUGGAGCCGGGACCCCACUCUGCUACACCAGGGCUGCCUCAGGCCGGCCCCCCACGGCCUCGCUCUGCCCCCGCCUUUUCUCCUAUUUCCUGUACUCUAUCUGACUCCCCAUCCCGGAUUUGUUACAGCAGGGGGCUCUUGAACCAAUGUGAGGUUUGUUUUGUCCCUAAAUCACCACCACUCACUAUUUCUCCCAGGGUCUGAUAAUGCCUUUACCUCCAUGUCCAGGAUGUAGCCCUAAGGUGAGGGAACACAGUGAAAUGAUACGUUAGUCCCGUCUUCCAGCUGCUGGUACCAUGUGACAACCAUAGCUCCUUGGAAUGUCGGCCACACUGUCCAAGGCCUUGCAGAACAUCACCUUAAGACAGAACAAAACAGGGACCUGCUCCCUCCCACUCCCCCACAGCACAAGAUUUUGGGACCACAAAAAAAUAUAUAUCUAUAUAUAUAUAUCUAUAUUUUUGUAUUGGGGGGAGGGAGUAGAAAAGAAAGCAGCCCCUAUACUGGGCCCUAUUCAGUGGCAGCUUCUUGCUCCAUAGGGUUAAGGAAGACUUUGAGGAAAUAAAAGUUGUUUGGAAAAA